AUGAAACGUGAACAGAAAUUAUAGUUAAUAACUAAUUAACAAAUGUGAAUUUAUGAUCAAUAAUGUAAAAAAAUCGACUGGAGAAUAUUUAAGAAUACUUAAAUUUAUAAUAUAGCAAUGAAUAUCGAUGAAAAAUUUGACAUUGAUAAACCGUUAUGGGAUCAAUCUACGUAUAUUGGUAGAUUGAAACAUUUUGCUUUUAUUGCUGAUUAUCGUAUGAUUUUUGUAAACGACCAAAAAUUGAGAGAAGCUAAACAAUUCUGUGAUGAUUAUAAAAGAGGCUUUGUACCUCCUGGAAUACAACUGUCUAAUAUUAUUCGUGCAAAACAACUCAGAGAUGGUGCAUUUCAUUUAGAGACUGGUGAAUUAAUACACCGAUUUUCUAGAUUGUGUUUUCAAUUACCUACUUCAGUUAUGCUUACAGCGUCGAUGUUAGCAUUUCAAAAAAAUUUUCCUGCUAUAAUGACAUUUCAAAUAUUACAUCAAAUGCAUAAUGCUAUUAUAAACGACAUGUACAGAAGUAUACGAAAUAACGAUGAUGAUAGAAGAAUGAAAAAUGCUUUUUUAUGUGCCAUUAUGACAGGCUCUAUUGUGACCUUCUGUUGUAAGAAAAUACUCUCUGGAAAAGCACUUAUUUUUAAUUUUUACAUUAUACUUCGUCUCACACUUUUCUGCCAUCAGAGAUGUUUGCCAUUUUGCGCAGUAGCUACAGGUCAUAUGAUAAAUUUACCAGUUAUGCGUUAUAAAGAAAUCACAACAGGAAUUCCGAUAUAUGUGAAAGAUGAAACACAUUCUUUUAUGAAAUCCAAAGUAGCAGCUAUAAAGGGCAUUUGUGAAUGUUUGAUCUCAAGAAUAGCUAUGUCUAUACCAUGCUUACUUUUCAUUCCUAUCAUAACUCAUAAAUUUAUGCCUUAUUGUUUGCUUCAACGUCGAUCCUGGAUAUUAAUUCCAUUCGAAACUUGUUUAUGUGCUAUAGGCUCCAUGAAUCCAAUAUUGCUGAAGUUGCAUCCAUCUGAGUAUGAAGAGUUUAAGAAAUGUGUGAAAGAAUAUAUAGAUAAAGUAUACUAUAAUAAAGGAUUGUAACAUUGAACAUCGUUCAUGUUUUUUUUUCUUCUUUUUAGUGAAUAAAAUGUAAUUUAUAUGAUAAGAAAAUAGAUAUAUUUAAAUAAAAAAUCAUUAUCUCUAAAUACAAUUAAUGUACUAUAUCUAUAUUCUUUUUCUUUUUUUUCAUUUUUAUAGGAAUAGGUCCUGGCAUUUUGAAUACUGUGCUGUAAGAAAGAAACAAAAGACAUAAAAAGUAUGAACUAAGACAAUUAUGCCAAAUUAAAACAUUACUAUAAUACUUACUGGCAAGUUGUGCAUAUUGGACUAAAUUUACAAAAUACUGAAAAAUAUAUUCACUUAUUACUUUACACAGAUUUAUAUAAAAAUAAUAAAAUAAAUUUUAUUUCUUAGUUUGUCUUACUUGAUAAACAUAUGGAGCAUACAUAG